GGAGCCCAGCUCGUCCCGUCGGUGCCGCCCUCUCCCUUCAAACGCACGAAAACAAUCCGCGGCGCAGGCGCGGUCGGUCCCUUAGCGCGAGCCGCGGCUCUCGAGUUUGCCGGCGCUGCGUGCCGCCCCCACGCGCCCCUCCCCCCUCCCCUCAGUGGCGAUGCUGAGCGGCGACGAAGAAGAAGAGGAGAGGGCAGCGGCAACCGACGCCGCAGGGGGGGGCGCUUCUUCGCUAAGCCCAGUUGCUUCACCCCUAGCAGCGGCGACGACGAGGGCAGCGGCGGCUGAGGAGGCGGGGAACGCUGUAACCGACGCCCCCGCCCAGGAAGAAGCCGGCGACGAUGAGGAGAAAAAAGGCGGCGAUCAUAAUGAGGAGGAGGAGGAGGAAGCGGCCGCUGAGGCGGAGCGGUACACCCGGCAGCGCUACGAGGAUCUGUGCAGCAGCCUCAACAUGGACGAGCGCGCCCGAGCCGAGGCGUGGCUGAGCUACCAGAGUAUGAGGAGGAAUUACACCCUGGAGGGAAGUGAUCUACAUUGGCUAGCAUGUUCCUUAUAUGUGGCUUGCAGAAAGGCUGUCCCAACAGUGAGCAGAGGAACUGUUGAAGGAAACUAUGUAUCUUUAAUAAGAAUAUUACGCUGCUCAGGACAAAGUUUGAUAGAAUUUUUUAACAAGAUGAAGAAAUGGGAAGAUAUGGCAAAUCUACCCUCCCAGUUCAGAGAACGUACCACAAGAUUAGAAAGAAACUUUACAGUUUCUGCUGUAAUUUUUAAGAAGUAUGAACCCAUUUUUCAGGAUAUUUUCAAGUACCCUCAAGAUGACCAACCACGCCAGCAGAGAGGAAGAAAGCAAAGGAGACAGCCUUGCACAGUCUCUGAAGUUUUUCAGUUUUGCUGGGUGCUGUUUGUUUAUGCAAAAGGCAAUUUCCCUAUGAUCAGUGAUGACUUAGUGAAUUCCUACCAUCUAUUGUUAUGUGUCCUUGAUCUAGUCUAUGGAAAUUCUCUGCAGUGUCCAAAUCGUAAGGAGCUUCUGAAUCUUAAUUUUAAAGGGCUGCCUGAAGACUUUCAUAGUAAAGAUUUUAAGGUGGUGUCUGAGCCUCCCUGCAUCAUUGAAAAACUUUGCUCCUUACAUGAUGGUUUGGUAUUGGAAGCCAAGGGCAUAAAAGAGCAUUUCUGGAAGCCCUAUGUGAGGAAACUUUUUGAGAAAAAGAUUCUAAAGGGAAAGGAAGAAAAUCUGAUGGGCUUUCUAGAUCCUGGAAACUUUGGAGAAAGCUUCAAAGCCAUCAACAAGGCCUAUGAGGAGUACAUAUUAUCAGUUGGAAAUCUAGAUGAGCGGAUAUUUCUUGGAGAAGAUGCAGAUGAAGAAAUAGGAACCCUGCGAAGAUGCUUAAAUACAACCUCAGGCAUGGAAACAGCUGAAAGGGUUCAAGUGAAAUAUAAUCUGCAGGAGCAUUUUGAACGAGCAAAAUCCUUUAGAAUAUCAACGCCUCUUACUGGCCGAAAGUAUAUAAAGGAGAGUGACCCUUGUGUGAGUCCCGUUUCAAUAGCCACAUACAGCUUGACCAGACUUCAUACAAUGCUGACAGGCCUGAAAAAUGCCCCUAGUGAAAAUCUGGAGCAAAUUCUCAGGGCUUGCUCUAGGGAUCCCUCUUUGUCAAUUGCCAACAGAGUGAAGGAAAUGUAUGAAAUUUAUUGUCAAAGAAAACAGUCUCAAGGAGACCCUGGUAGCUUCUCCAAAGAUAUUGUUGGAAAACAUUUUCGUCUUGCUGAGAUCCUUUACUAUAAGGUAUUAGAGUCUGUCAUUGAGCAAGAAAAGAGAAGACUAGGAGAUGCUGAUUUAUCUGCAAUCCUGGAGCAUGAUGUGUUUCACAGGUCUCUCAUGGCUUGCUGCCUUGAGAUAAUUAUUUACUCUUACAAAGCAACUGACAGUUUCCCAUUCGUCACAGAUAUAUUUGAUGUUCCUGCCUUUCACUUUUAUAAGGUGAUAGAGAUUCUGAUUAGAGCAGAAGAUGGCCUUUGCAGAGAAGUGGUGAAGCAUCUCAAUCAUAUUGAAGAGCAAAUUCUAGAGAAUCUGGCAUGGAAAGUGGAAUCUCCAUUGUGGGAGAAAAUCAGAGCAAAUGAAAAUAAAGUUCCCACCUGUGAGGAGGUAAUGCCAUCUCAGUAUUUUGAAAGGUCAAAUGGGAACAGUGUGGCAGGUUCCCCAUUAACUCCAAGGAGACUAAAUGAGGUUCGUGCCGAAACUGGAGCAUUGGGAAAAGUCCUAUCAUCUUCUCCAACGACACUUUAUGAGAGAUACAACUCUCCAACAAGCAAUCCUACCAGAAGAAGGCUGUUUGUUGAUAACGACAACCCCACUGAAGCUACUCAGACACCUGUGAGGGUCUCCCAACAGCCUGUGAUCAGUACAAUGUCUGUUCAGAAUGUGUCCACAGAAACAAUACCUGUUACUCCAGUGCCUGGGCAGACUUUAGUAACUGUAGCAACUGCAACUGUAACUGCAAAUAACGGGCAGACUGUUACAAUACCAGUACAAGGCAUUGCCAAUGAAAAUGGAGGAAUAACGUUCAUUCCAGUUCAAGUCAACGUAAGUGGGCAGGCCCAGCCCCUGUCCAGUGCCAUCCAGCCUCUCAGUGCACAGACCCUUGCUGGGACUCUGAGUACUCAACAAAUGACUGGCAUAGCCCUUCAGUUACAAGGCCAGUUGCAACAGAUUGCCCUUCCCGGAGAGCGACAAAAGCAGCAACUCAGCACUAGCAGUGCUAAAUCCAGGAAGGCCGGCUCACUCUCACUCUUCUUUAGGAAGGUAUUUCACUUAGCAAGUGUCCGUCUGCGGGAUCUUUGUCUUAAACUGGAUAUUUCAGAUGAGCUAAGGAAUAAAAUCUGGACAUGCUUUGAGUUUUCCUUGGUACAAUGCUCUGAGCUCAUGAUGGACCGGCAUUUAGACCAGCUCUUAAUGUGCGCUAUUUAUGUAAUAGCAAAGGUUACAAAAGAGGACACAUCAUUUCAGAAUAUCAUGCGCUGCUAUCGGACCCAGCCACAAGCUAAGAGCCACGUGUAUCGUAGUGUCUUGAUUAAAGGCAGAAGACGAAGAUACUCAGGCAACAGUGACAUCAACAACCAACAGAAUUCCCCAACUGAGAGACAUAAAGAUAGAACAAGCAGAGACUCUAGUCCAGUGAUGAGAUCUAGUAGCACCCUCCCAGUACCCCAACCCAGUAGUGCCCCCCCUACUCCAACACGCUUGACUGGAGCCAACAGUGAAAUUGAGGAAGAAGAGCGUGGGGACCUGAUUCAGUUUUAUAACAAUGUCUACAGUGACCGAAUUAAAGACUUUGCCCUGAAAUACUCUUCAACCAAUGGAGCUGAAGCUCCUCCGCUGUCUCCAUAUCCUUUUUUAAGAAGUGGCUCUCCACGCAGAAUACAGCUGUCUCAGAAUCACUCAGUUUACAUUUCCCCUCACAAGAAUGAGUCUGCACUUUCUCCACGUGAGAAAAUAUUCUACUACUUCAGCAGCAGUCCAUCAAAGAGGCUUCAAGAGAUCAACAGUAUGAUUAGAACAGGGGAGACGUCAACAAAAAAGAGGGGAAUUGUCCUGGAGGAAGGGGCUGAAUCACCAGCCAAGCGCAUCUGCUCAGAAAAUCACACAGCCCUCCUGAGGAGACUACAAGAUGUGGCAAAUGACAGAGGUUCUCAUUGACCUCAAAUAGAUUAACCUGUUUUGUUUGUUGUUCUCUGCCAGCUGGUACGGGGCCAGUAGUGACAGAGCCUGCAGUCUUUGUAUCUUUGAGGCACUUUCCAUGGAGAAAUGAAGUAUUUGAGCCCUUACCAAGGAUGCACUGCUUUUGGUACCAGAUGAACUGAGGCUCUUGAAGAGGCUCCCCUCUACCUUGCAGCAGAGGGAUGCAAUGGUAUAAUCCUACUUAGCUGGGAAGAAGUGGAGACUGUUUCUUGAUGCUUGAACAGAAAAGGUCACACCCCUGCCACUUUGGUCAUUCUGAGGGAGUGGCAAUUGCUACAGUUUUGACUGCAGCAUUUUUAACUUAUUGGCAGAAAUGACUGAUAAAUAUUAAGUCCAGUAGGAACCCAUCUGACAACUAUUCUUCCUACUAAAUUAGUUCAGAGAGCAUUUUAGUUUUUAUGCUAUUUGGUAUGCCUAUCAGUGUAAUGUUUGGAAUUUGUGGUAUUGAAGAAAAGAGAGGUCAGAUAGUGAUGAUGGGAUCUUGGCUACCUAACUCCAGGAAACUGAGUGCUGACAAUGGUUAAGACUACACUGGAGCUGGAAUAGAAGUGGUAUUGCAGGCAAUUUUUAGGAAAAAAAUAAGGUUACUCUUUCCUAGUUGUCUUUUCAGGUGCCCUUCAAAUAAUUAAGGUAACGUGAGGCACUCAUAUGUAUAUACACACACAACCAUUUGGUUUUUUAGCUGUGCAAUGUUUUAAGUGAAUUCUUAUCCAGAGUAGCUCUUAAAUACAGCUCUAAAGCAUUGUUUUGUAAUGCAUAUUAGAGUUGUGGCUACUUCACAAUGGCACUUUUUAAACAUUUAAAUAGCCAAACCAUAAUAUACAAGUUGUGCCUAAAUUGUAUUUAUUUUGAAAUGAAAUUAGAGUGGUAAUGUUCAGCUUGUAUACAUAUAUUUUCUAGGAUGUGAUUACUAGCCUUCCUGCUUGAUUAGCUGUAGUUAGUGUGUCUACAACAGCAGCUCUUCAAAUUAAGUUAUGCUUGUGUAGAUUUGGCUUACAGUUAUUUUGGCAACAAUGCCGAAAUCCAAGUACACUGCAGUGCUUAACCUAUGCUAGACUAUUUUACAAUUUAGCACUUUUAGGAAGAAAAUACACGGUGACAUGUACUUGCCAGCAGUCAGUUUGAACAAGACACAACAGCUGAAAUCUGUCAGAGUAAAACAAGCACAUAGUGAAAAAUGGAGCACAGCAGGUCAUCAGAUGUAGCGAGAUUACUUCUGAUACUGCCAGUGUUGUUGAAUGGAGGCCAUAUUAUGUAUUAGCAGCAGUGUACAUGUUUGCAGCAAAUUUGCUACUGUUUUAACUCUUUCUAAGAUAAAAUCUAAACUUUUACAGCCUUCAGCAAAUUUAUGGAGUUUUACUUCUGCUUUAUUACAUGAUCAGCUAACAGCUAUGCACGUAUGGGUAGUUCAUGAAAUUUCCACCAGCAUAUAGCUUAGGAUAUGGAUUUCUUGUGUGAAUAUGGAGAAUCACAGGACCUCCUUUCUCUGUGUAACAUAAGCAGCAGAGCAAGGCCAGGCUCCAGCAACCUGCAGGGAUGAAGAACCUAGUGCUAUCCCAGUUUUGGACUACAACUCCCAUCAUUCCUGUCUACUGGCCAUCAGGUUGGUGGAAGUUGGACAACAGCUGGAGGACAUUGCUUUUCCAGCCCUAACCUAUAGGAACUGGAAGCUACAGUAGAUCUGUCUUAAAUUGGAGCCAUUGCAACUAUGUUACAAUAAACAUGCUUUACAAAAGCACAUUUAUAUCCUACCUUCUUCCUUGCAAGGAGUUCACGGUGUUUUUGCCUCACAACCACCCUGUGAAAUAAAGUGGGUUGACAGUACCUGAGUGGAAUUUUGUAGCUAGGUUGUCUUCAUCCAACCCACUAGCCCACACUGGCUCUUUGCUCUGUACUUUCUAUUGUGAUUAAUGGCAGCAUUUAUCUAAUGUCUUGCCCAUCCUUUGUUAAAUUCAUUAACUAGAAAUCAUUGCUGCCCAAGAUCCUUUUAGUUAAAAAUUCCAGGCAUAACAAUAUAAGGACCUUCUGCCGGUGAGUGCCUUUCCCUUCCUUAUUUAAAAGCUGCUGUGAACUAUUGCACAAACAAUGCAGAAGGAAAAUGCACUGGGAGUCUACAAGUUAGUUUCAUCACAGCCCAGCCAUUAAGAAAACCACAUAACAGCAAGAUGGAAUCCACACAGGAAUAAUUCAACAUGGCACUCCCACUCAGCUGCAGCUGCUUGUACCAAAGACAAAUGAGAGAUUGUAAGAUGAAAGAAGUUGUAGAGAGUAUUUGAAAACAUCUUUGCACAUCCAGGCUGGAAUCUUAAAACACGUAUGACUUCACAAAUGAUACGUCUACAAUUCACAUUUACUUUUUCUUGGACUGUUCAUACAAGUAGACUUGUGCCAACUAUGCCCUUUUGGGAGACUUGCUCUGCUACCUGAAAAAGACUUUAUAUUUUUCUUUAAGUAGAUUGAGGUGAUGUAUCACUAGGAAAGGGCAGCCUCACCCCUGUAGGACUAGACAGGUAUGAACCUCUGCAACACAGCACAUUCUGGUAGCCUUGGACAACCAUAACAGCUAGACUGGAAUUUUAAAGAAGGCUUCAUACUUAGUUCUCAAGUUCAUGAACAGAAAUGUUUCCAAGGGACAAGAGUGACAAAAGACAUUUUACUAUGAUUGGUCUUUUAUUUUAAGAUGCCACUAUUAACACAUUAGUCAUGUCAGUCUCUAGUGCAAUCAUGGA